AAUGUCUAUUUCCCUCUUGAUCACCUCUACUCUUUCACAAUUCUUGAGCUCGUGGCGCCGUCCAAUGAUAAUAUAUGCCGGAGUGUGGACACUCCUCCUUACGGUGACUGUGGCGGUGGCGGCUUUAACCCCGGAAACUACCUUUAUAUGGGCUAUAACGCCAACAUCGUCAUUUUCGACUGCUUGUAAAUCAGAAGGUAGCUUAAGGGUACCGGUAGACCUUCCAUCGGAUGUCGUUUGCUUGCCGGCGAAGUUAUUUCAACGUUCAAAGAUUGAUCUUUUUGUGCCUCCGAUAUUUGCUGCUCUUGUGGUUGCUAGCUCUGCUUGUGUAGUCAGAAGUUUUGGCCUGUGAUUCUGUUAUUAUGAGUUCUGUUUGAGGAUGUUAAUGAAUAUCUUGGCAAAUGAGAGGACUCUUUUUUUUUUUUUUUUUGUUUGGGGCGAUCAACAUAUUUUGGUAAUUGACCCUAAAUAUUGGACCGGAAUAAAAAAUUAGUAAGGAGUAUAAUCUCUCUCUCUCUCUCUCUCUUCUUUUGUCCAUUUUUUUUUUUAGUUUUACUUCAUAUAAAGAAUCAAAGACACAUGUGACAUUAAUUUUUAUGUAGGUAAAGAUUACCUUUUUUUUCUCUUUUUUUUUGGGUCAUAAACUCAUUUUCAUUAGUCAAUUAUAGAAUAUGUUCAUUAAUAUCUUCAUUGGUCGAUAAUUCUUGAUCAGCUCUACUCUUUCACAAUUAUUGACAAAAAAAAAAAAAAAGUUGUUUAAAUAUGUUCAUUUUUUUAUGUAUUAAAUGUUAGAUUUAAUGUAAUAAAUCAUUUUGUACAAAAUGUUCAUUUCUAAAGUAUUAUAUGGCUUUU